AUGUCGAGCAAUCCAGCUGCGAUCCAAGGUUGGGUGAAAAGCGUUGAUCCAAACAGUGGUCGUUUCUUCUACGCAAACCACAUCACUCGCAAGACUCAGUGGGAGCCACCACCAAAUUGGGUGGAGGAGUCAUCACCCGCCCAUACAUCUUCCCACAAUGAUAAUGAUGGUACAAAUGAAACGCUCCCUGGUAACUGGGAGGUCAUGCACGAUCCAACGACUGGGAAACCAUUCUACGUUGACCAUGAACGCAAAAUAACGCAAUGGACCCGUCCAAAAGAAGAAAAGAAACCAGAGAAGAAGAUUUCCUUCGCCCCCGCAAGCACAACCGAAAGUUCUUUUUCUAUGCAGAAGUUCCUUCAAUUCGAUUCGGUGGGUAACCCUCAACAAGAGACACGUUCCUACAGUCAGGAAGCAGCAUACUACCACCAGUCCCAUUUGGGUGGCAUGGAUGUCGAUUUUUCAGACUCUCUUCCAGGCUUGGACUUCUCAGUUAAAAAAGUAGCCGACAAACUGCGUCUGAACUGUCCAGCUUGUGAUGGUUUGUUCACACUUAGUGUUCGUCGUCAUCACUGUCGGUUAUGCGGAGACGUGUUUUGUCACAAUUGCAGUAACAAUCGGGUGUCUCUACCGCUCGAGGGAACAGAAUUCGAGAAACCAGUCCGAAUUUGUAACUCAUGCAAUGAAGAUGUCUCCAGGGGUAACUUUUUCUCGAUGAGGCGCUACUUGACGCCACUUCAACUAUUCGACCCCGAUGAUCCAGUGGACGAAGAUCCAAGCGGAGUCACCAGUCCUCCAAAUGUCAAUGCUGCUUUGUCUAGCCUCACCUCAGAUUUAGAUCAAAUGGUACAAAGUGCCGAGGGUUUCGAUGAGAAGCUGACCAUCCCGGCUAGUAUUCUCGUUCCCUGUGUCACGAAACAUCUAGGCACCAAGCACGACACGUCUGAUCGAGCCAUUCGAGCAAUCGCCAGCUUGCUCAGUGUUGGAUCCAUGGUUGGAAAGAACGAUUAUGCAUAUGCUAUCUACUUUCAAGAUGGUCAUCGUACUCUAAAUCAGAUCCUGACAAUUUUGGAGCGCUCAGGGUCUAGUCGCUCCACCCUGUUUGUCCAAGAAAAAGCUGCCCAGGCAAUGUUCUACCUGACCGAAUCUCAAAUCUUGGUGUCUAUGAUGCAAACGAGGGGUGAGUUCUCGCAAACUGUUGAAUCGGACCCACUUGACUCUUUAGAUAUACAAAGAACUAUACGUAAUAUGUUGGACCAUUCGAGCGUCAACAAAAACCCACAUCUUCAACGUUGGGCGACGGCUACUAUUCGAAAUCUAAUUCUUGAGGAUCAGCGUCGCGCAUGUCUAGCUAUCAAUGAAGUCGCGGCAAAAGUGGCCUCAGGAGAGUCCCCUGGGUCGCUCGCAUACGAGUCCAUACUAGAUCAGCUAGUAUCCACGGGUGGUGUCAUGAUCCUCUGUAGCCUCAUUGGGGCUGACGACGCUGAUACACGUGCACACGCAACAGGAGCCCUCGGAGCAAUACUAACUGCCACUCGGGCUAUUGAUGGCUCGAUGUCGGCUUUGUCGGAAAUGACAGGAGGAGUCGCAGGUGGGACGGAAAAGAAGGAUGGCAAUAUCGUUCGUGCAAUUGUUGCUGGGGGUGGCUGUGGGUCAUCUGUGUCCCAAUUGCUACUUUCAGCAGACAACACAGUUGCGCGAAUGGGCUGCGAAUUCAUCGGAUCACUGGUUCUGCCACUACUCAUUGAUCCACUAGGAAGCGCAACCCUUCAGUCUUUAUAUGACUGCAGGAAAGAUGAAGGCGGACUAGGUGCUUGUCGUGAAGCUGCUUUGGAGAUAGCUAGUGGAAGUUGCUUGCCGGCUAUACUAUCUUUAGUACGCGAAAAUGGCCGAGCAUCUAGACCAAUCGAACUUCGCAAAUCUGCCAUGGAAACAUUGGCAGCAACGGUACUUGCAGUCGGCGAAAUGGGAAAAGCGUGGGCAGAUGGAAAAUACGAAGAAGGAAUCGGAAGAAAUGGCGCUCCUGCCAUGCUAAUACGUGCAAUUGCACUUCUGAACGAAGAGCGAGUAGUUGACAUUGCACUUGAAAGUCUCAAUUCAUCAUCGGUCCAGUCCCUCGGCUCCUCUCGGGAUACUCCUUCCUCAAGGAUUCGAGAAGCUGCGGGAACUGUCUUGGCCUCUCUGACAUCCUGUUCAGCUGAAGCCAUAAUCGAACUGCAUUCACGCCAAGUAUUGUCACAAUUACUUGUGUCUUCAGAUGAUACUAGUAUGACUGCUCCUUCGACUCUUCGUGGCGACGCCGCUCCGCGAUGUCUCGGGAUGCUCGAAGCUGCUGCGUCGACUCUCAUAUUUGCAUGGCAACAUCCCUCUGGAGCAAAAUCUGAGUUAUUGGAUCGUCUCAUGGAAGCCCUCGAUGCUGGCACUAUCACUCACUUGUUUCGAGUGCUUACUUCAAAAAUGGACUGGGAAUCAAGGGAUAAAUCCGCUGGAGGAAUGAAGGCGAGAUCUGCCGCCUGUCGCCUGUUAUGCUGCCUAUUUGGGAUUGCAUCUACAGGCGACACGUCGAUUGGAAUGAAAAGACUAUUGGAUGCUUGUGAUGCCGACCAGAUGGGGCGUCGCAGUUCGAAGGGUGCACGGAAUGUAUUGGAAGCAGUUUUGAGUGUGUUACAAACCGCUUUGAAUUUGGCACACCGUGUGAUUUUGGGUAGUACAAGUCGCGGAGCUCAUUAUCAUGCAGCUCUCUUGGACCUCGUCGAUUCUUCGCUCCUUGCUACUGGAAGUAUGUGUGGAUCGUCUGUAGCACCCGGUGGCGGAGACGGUGUUUUUGUGAAAGGGGAUGAUUUCUUGGUUUCGCACAACGACGAUUUUGCAGAGCGGAGGAAAGAGGUGUGCAAAGUUGCCUGCGACGUUGUUAUCAGGUCGGGUCGUUCAGGUCCUGCGUUGUUACCAACACUACUAGUUGGAGGUUUUGGUGAAGGCGCCGUGAGCUCUUCACUCCGGCUUUCACUAGCGAUUGCACAGAAUGGAAGCAAAGAACAACACAUGAAACUCGCCCUCAGUGGUAUUCUUGUGCCGGUCAGCGACAUCUUGCGUGCUGCAUUGAGCCGAGGUGAUUUAUAUAGGUUCUCCGCUGCACUUGCUUUGGUAAGGUUUUGUGGUCCACACGUUGCAGCUGGCAAAGGUGGAGGAGUGCCAGCGAUUCGUGAUGCCAUUCGUGUGGCGACGAACGUACUUACGCUUCCUGUUAGCACAGAAGCGAAUACUAAUCAAUUGAGGACACAAGAAUCAUUGAAAUCAGAAUGCAUUGGUGUUUUGGAAUCCCUUAGUGGGAAUGCGUCUCUGUGGAGCACAAUCUGCACCGACGCUUUGCCUGCGAUUGUGAAAUAUCUUCGGAGUUGUAGCGAAGUUGGCUUAUGUACACCGACUAUGUCUGAGACCGAGAGUUCUGCUCUUCGAACUGUUUUGGAGAUCGUUCAAGUUCCCUCUCAUGCUGUGGCGGCUGCUGAGGAAGGAUUGUCCACAUCACUAGGAAAGAUCAUGAAGAAGUACACCCAGCCAGAAUCAAGCGAAUACAAAAAGAAUUUGGAAAUUGGCUUGUUAGCUAUGGAGACACUGCACGUUCUCGUGAAGCAGCCAAAUGCUCGUCAGCAUUGCGAUCUGUUAUGUGGCAGUGCACUUAGUAGUAUCUGCAGCACGAUAGUACUAGCCGCAUCUGCGGAAGGAAAGUCGACGAAUGAGACAGAAGAUAUUAUUUUCUUUGGAUUGGAGGUUCUGUCCAUUGCGGUAUCCGACAUUGAAGAGUCUAUGGACACUGCUCACGUUUUGCAGUCAUCGGAAGCAGCUGCAUUCCUCGAAUCCAUCCUUGCCGAGCCACGAUUUGUGCGUUGCCUGUGUGCGUACAUUCUCCCAUUACAAAUCGAAGCGCACGAAAACGAAAAGAGCUUCUACGACGUUCCAUUGCUCUACGGUUUGUCGCCUCCCGUUGUAAAUGAGGCUUGUGGAGGAUAUCAAAAUUCUCGUGAAUGUGCGCUCUUUCUUCUGUUCACACUUUCAGUUUAUGCAUGUGCCAUUGAAUCACCCCAGAGCGAAUCGUUCUGGAAUACAUGCUUGUUGCGCGAUUGCCCGAUGAGCAGAGAAAGGGACAACUUGGACGUUGCUAGAGCCUCAGCUACAUUUUGCUCCGCAUACUUACAGCUCCUGGAGCAAGACCACGAAGCUGUAGUGCCCUCAAACCGAGACAAGCAGCUGGACUACGAGAACCUUACACGACCUCUUGUACGUUACCGGCUUUUGGAGUCUUUGGGAGAAUCACUUUCAGAUUUGACGGAAGAGGCAGCUGAAGAUUCCAAGACACUUGAUGACUACAUGCUCAGCCUCUUGGUUUCAUACAACUUGCCUUGUAUCUUUCUAUCGGUGUGGAAAGAUCCAGCCUUGCUUGAGCUCACUUAUGAGCUUAUGAAGAUGACCGUUGAGGCAAAUCAAGAAGGCGUGCUGCACUUGUUCGUGAAAAGCAAGGAAUCUGUGGUCUCCAUAUUUGAUCUCCUGAAUCACAAGCCUGACAAUGUUCCGGAGGUUGAUAUAAGGCGGAUUCGCCAGUUUCUGGUGACAACCUUGGAAAAGCUUGCAGAGACCGGACUAUUGAUGGAAGCCGUUGAAAAGUUUGGUCUGAAGAGCAGCGCCAUCAAAGCUCUAGCAUCGGCCUGUCUAUCUGAAGACUUUGUGAAUAAAGAAGAGGAGUUGACAUCCCAUCUCUUAGCGAGCGGACUCAUACAAUGCCUUGUACAGCUUUGCACUGUCAAAAAUCAUGAUAAGGACGGAAGGCAACAGAGAGAGAUUGUUUUAACGGGGACGGAGGCAGAGGCAAUAGCGUUGAGCCUUGGGAGAAAGAUCUGUCACAUGGUCAUAUCUCGUUAUCUAGAGAGAGCUAAGCUUCAGCAGUAUGACCUGGAUGAGGAAGAGAUAGUUUUGAAUGCCCCAGAUGUUUCGUUGUUGUGUGCCAUGGCUCAACACAGCAAAGCCAUGAAAAUAUUAGAAUCCAUUGGAGGACUUCAUGCCCUUGCACAAGUCGCUGCGGAUGGGGAGCCAAAUGCCUUGGCUGCAUUGCUAGAGGGUUCCAAGGGCCAACCACUGCUCUUGCUUGAGGCCGAUACGUAUUUGUCUGUGCUCUCCCUUCUUUCCGACGAGAGAGAGCAUGCAUGGAAGAAUGACGCGAAAAUGCAAUCUGUCGUCGAAACUGGUGCCUUUCGCCUUCUGUCGCAGUUGAGUGAUGAAUCAUUAAAGGGAAGAAGACUGAUAUUCGAGGCUUCAGGUUUUGAACAUUCGAUAGUUCGGGCGAAAGAGGUGCUGUCUUCUUGGUCUCUGGCUGACAAUUCAGAGAUCGUAGACGCCGACGAUACUAAGCCGUGGAAGUACGAUAGCGGCAGAGCCGAAAACCAGAUGAACCUAUUGAUUGCGGCUCUUUCAUAUGUUGCGACUAUGACCCAGGUCUCAGAGGCCUGUUCACUGUUCUUAGACGAUGAGGACUGGUUACUGAUAGUCUCGAACAUGGCAAGCUCUGGAAUUUCUACUGACUUGCAGAUUGAGGCCCUCAAAGCUAUUACCAGUCUAUCAAUGUGCUCUAGUGCUGACGGUUUCUUGCCCACCGAACGUGUGGGGGAGAUUUUUCAAGGUGUCCUGAGAGUGGAGCACACCUCUCAAAUUGACGGCUCCUCAAGGGUGAAUGAAUUGUACUCGCUGGCUACGGAAGGGAUUUUGUGCUUGUUCGAUUCCCUUCCUGUAGAACAGCAAAGAAGCUUGGUUACUGAUGCCGCUUUAAGAUACAGAAAGCUGCUAAAGAGCCACACUAUUGACCGAACAACAAAGAAGGGAUCAAGUCUAGACCAAGGAGGACUGAUUGCCUACAAUAUAACCAGCAUCAUCAUGAUUGCGAGCUACAACUCGCAUCUCGAAGAUGUUCUUGACUCCAGUCUCAUCAUGUCAUUAGCGAACACCCUGCAGUGGCGAUAUGACCCAAAGACAGCAAUUAAAAGAACAGAACAGUGUAGUUGGGAUGCAUCAGUCACACAGGUUCUUCAAAUUUUGUCGCGAAUCACACUUCGGGUUGAUAGUAUUUUCGAGAAGGCGGGAUUUUCUCUACAAGAUCUCACUGAGGUCGUUUUGAUGGUUGCAGCCCCAGGGAAAGCCCCAAGACAGGCAAUAAGUUUCCUACAUGCUCUGGAGGAAGCUCAGAAAGUUGGGGAGCCUGCGUCGAAAUUGGCUGCUAGGCGAAUAGCCAGAACUCUUAAAGGGUAG